AUGCAUGCAUUGGUGUGUCUGUGUGUCUUACUUAGUCUCACGGAAGAGGUGGGCUGCUCCUGUCCCUCACAGUGCACCUGCGACGAUCCGGACACACAGGCUGGCUCAGGAUCAAGGUUGGUGCUCUGCAGUGACCUGGAUAUGAACGAGGUCCCCAAGAACAUCCCGGUGGACACGGGGAAGCUCCGAAUAGAGAAGACUGUCAUCCGUACCAUCCCAGCCGAGGCCUUCUAUUACCUGGUGGAGCUCCGCUACCUCUGGGUGACGUGCAAUUCUGUGACCAGCAUUGAGUCCAGCAGCUUUUACAACUUAAAGCGGCUGCAUGAGCUGCGGUUGGCUGGCAAUUCUCUGGCUGCUUUCCCUUGGGCUUCUCUGCUGGAGAUGCCCCAGCUGCGGACCCUGGAUUUGCACAAUAACAGAAUAACUAGUGUGCCAACGGAGGCAACCAGAUACCUUAAGAACCUCACCUACCUGGAUUUAUCAAGCAACAGCCUGACCACAUUGCCACCAGAUUUCCUGGACAGCUGGUCCCAUUUCUCAGUUCAAACAGCUUCUAGAAGCCUGGACCUUACACUCAAAAGAAUUAUUCUUGGUUUGCAGGAUAACCCUUGGUUCUGUGACUGCCACGUUUCCAAAAUGAUUGAGCUGUCAAAGGUUGCUGACACCGCUGUAGUGCUUCUUGAUCCACUGAUGGUUUGUAGUGCGCCCGAGAGCCUCACAGGGAUUGUGUUCCAACGGGUUGAGUUGGCGCAGUGUCGGAAGCCAUCUGUGACAAUCUCGGCCACCAAAAUCACAUCAGCUCCGGGCAGCAAUGUCCUGCUGAGGUGCGAUGCUACUGGCUAUCCCACCCCACAGCUCACGUGGACCAGAUCUAACAGCUUGCCAGUUAAUUAUGCAGUAAUUCAGGAAUCUCCAGGGGAAGGAGUCAGAUGGUCCAUAAUAAGCUUGACAGGCAUUUCUUACAAAGACGCUGGGGAUUACAAGUGUAAGGCCAAAAAUUUGGCAGGAAUAUCAGAAGCUGUGGUUACUGUGACAGUGGUUGGUGUGGUCACAAGCACCAUAUCAACAGAAACACUUGACAGAACUGGAGACCAUCCUGAGCAAGAGUCCAAGUCAGGAUCUGCAAGAACUAUAUCCUUGCCUACUUCAUCAUUAUCUCCCCGGUCCUCUUCCCCCCUUGAUUCUUCUACUUCUGUUUCUAGUUUGUCUCCCCAUUCCUCUGCUUCCUUCCCUUUAUCUCCUCCCACCUCCUCCACUGGUUCUUGGACCACAACUCUAAGCACUGGAAUUUCAGCAAGCGGUGCUAUGGCUAACAGGCAGUCAUUCCAACUACAACCAGAAGGGAAAAUGAAUUUACAGGUGGAGAUGGAUGGAAGCAAACCUUCUCCAGGAAGUGCAAACAAGAAAGAAGAGUUGGCAUUAUUGGACCGAACAGUGCCAGUGGAGACAAAUGCCACAAUAGAAAACCUGAGGAUUGUGAGUGAGACUGACGAGAGUGUGACUUUAAUGUGGAAUACUCUCAAUACCACACUUAACUCUGCAAUGACCAUUCUGUAUGCCAAGGAUGGUGAGAAGGAUGUGCUCUGGCGGAAUGUGGAUGCCAGCACCACCCGAGUCACCAUAGAGGGUUUGGAGCCGGGCAGGCAGUACACAGCAUGUGUGUGUCCCAACGGGAUGUCUCCCCAGAAAGAGCAAUGCCUCACCUUUUCUAUGCACACAGCUCAGGGGUACCUUCAAUGGUCAGUCCUUACUGUGGUGAGCAUUACCACCUGUGCUGUUGUCUUGCCCUUGGUUUGUUUCCUGUUGUACAAAGUCUUCACGCUUCAACAUAAGUCAGAAUUUUUCUGGGAAGAUGACCUGGCCAAAGAGACAUAUAUCCAGUUUGAAACCCCAUCUCCUAGGUCUCAAAGUGUAGGGGAACUCUGGACCCGAAGACACAAAGAUGACUCAGAAAAAUUACUGCUUUGUUCUCGGUCCAGUGCAGAACCUCAGAUGACCUUCUAA